AGAUUAAAAACUAUUUGUAUGUAACACUUAGUGGCAAGUUAGACUUAACUUAAGUAUAUACUAUGUAUGUAUGUUAAGCAUAUAAACAAACACACACACACACAGACAGUUACAAAAUGGUUGCUACUAACUGCUUAAAUUUGAUGAAGAAGAAGCAAACACAGACAGACACACACACUAAUGCCAAAACUCUUUUUUUGUAUGUCUUUGCCUUAACUAUGGAACAAAAACAAAACUUAAAUUUAUUUUGUGUAAUUUGAACAAAUUCUAACUGUAAUUUUGAGUGCAAGUUUGCGAGGGCCGCUCUAAGCUUAACUUAAAAUGAAAUGAAAAGCGUUUUAACUUAAUUCGGUAAUUCCAAUAGUCUAGCCCAGUUGGUGGACAACGAGAUUCCGCUCUCCCAAAUGGACAUGCCCAUGGCCUAUGCGCCACAAACAGCGCAGCAAACACGUCAAUUCCGUCACCACAAGCAGCGUCAGUUGUCCGGCACUGAUGCUACCGAUAUGGCCUAUGAGAAUCAACUGGCAGCCGCAGGCAGCGAGCCCGAGCUGGACAAUGCCACGGUGGUGGUGGUGCCUGGCACUGAGGUAGUUGCCGCUGUGUCAGCCAUUGCCAGUUCCAGUCAGGCGCGUGAGUUGCGCAACCGCAACCGCAGCGGCAGCUACCAGCAAUCUCUUGAUGCGGACUUUGAUGCGGCGCUAGUGAAAACCAACAACAAUGCGCCAACUAAACGAGCAACAGCAACAGCAGCCAGCAGCAACCUGCAACAGAAGCCAUCAGCUGGCGCUGCACUUCUUGCGGCCGCCAUCAGCGGUGAGCAGCAUGUGCUUAAACAGGCCGAAAACAUGUACAGCAAUGUGCCACAAGCCACGCCCACAGACUCUACGCUGCAUGUCUACUCCAACAUUAUAGACGAACGUGCCCAGCAGCAGCAACAGCAGCGCCAGCAGUCGGCACAGCUGCAAGCCAGCGCUGUGCUAUCUUCCACACUGCUUAGCGACGAUCUGGACUUGGAUGAUCCGGUUAGCGCUUCCUUUGUAGGCACACGCAAGUCGACGCACACCAGCGAGCAGCUCAAGUCCGCGGAUCGGCUGCGUAUGCUGCAUGACACCACCAUGAUUGAUACGGCGCUGGACCUGGACAGCUUGGAUGGCUAUAACUCCAGCAUAGGCAACAGCUCGCAGUCUUGCCUGGUCAAGUCGGCCAAGCAGUCUGUGUCCAACUCUGCUGGCGCGCCCAUAGUCUGAGCUGCUUUACAAUUUGUAUAUAGAGAAAGCAAUUAAUACCAUUUAGUGCUUUUAGCUUGUGUUUUUAGCCGUAGUAACUAGCAUAGCUUCUAACUCCAUUCUUGGCCAGUCAGCGUUUAGUUUUAGGUUUUUAAUUUCUCAAACACUUGCAGUUUUUACAACGGGCAGCAACUAAAAAAAUUAUUACCUUAAGGCGUUACGCAUUCAAAAAUUAGCCAACUAAUCGCAUAUUGAGAAAACAGUUUAUAACUAAAGCAUUAUUAUAAAGCAAACAUACAUACAUAUAUAUUUGAAAAGAGGGUGAACAAUGUUAACAAUUCAAAUGGCAUGCAAAGCAAUUGAGUAAUUUAAAAACUAAAACAUAUUACAAUUUAAAUUAAUACAACUGUUUAUAAAUAACAUAUGUUAAACAAACAAACCUAUAUACAAACAUAGAAAGACACAGACAUGAUUAGCAUUUAGUAAUUAAGCAAACUCUUAGUUUUAAUAUGUAGGUAUCAUUUUUUGUAUAUUUAAGUUUUUACAAUGGUCAACGACAAGUGUGUUCCGUUCUUCAGAGUUUAAAUACGAUUGUCUGUCAUAGCUAUAACGAAAAUUAAACAUUAAAAUAUAUUAAACAACGAAUAUGGAAAAUAGCAUGCAAUAUAAACGAUGUUACAUAAAUACUAUUGAUGAAAUAUACAUAAAUUAACGCAAAUUGUUAACAACAGGUCAGUGUGACAUAACGUAUUUAAUGUUUACAAUAAAUACAAAUUAAGAUAAUGCAUGUGCAUGCUGUACAAUGUUAUGUGAAAGAAAAUAAACAAAGAUUUCAAAAUGAACAGCGAAU